CAGAGUGGGGGAGGGGUGACUGAGGAGUGUGUGUAUGCGUGUGUGUGUAUGUGUGUGUGUGUGUGGAGGGGGGGAUAUUAUGGGAUGCCUGCCCCCUGAUCUCUUUGUGUGUGUGUGCGCGCGCGCGGGGUGUGUGUUGUGUGCGAGGGAGAGAGAAAGAGGAGACGGCGUCGUGCACACACGCUGCCACAAAAACACGGAAAUAUAUUUAAAUUGUAUUUACAUGUUAGCUUUAAACAAAAAGAACCUUCUAAGUAUUGAUUGAUUUAUAAAGUGAGCCUGGAGUUGCUGUUUUUUGGAAGCUGUGUAAAAUCAAGUUACUGGGUCAGAACUCUGGAUUACCCUGCAGAUAAAUAACUUUAUUUAGUUAGCUAAACUGUUAGCUAACUAAAUAGAAAGUUUGCUGCUUGUUUGCUAUGUCUGGAAGCGAGGAUGACAGAGAUGAUUACGGAGCCCCUGAUGACCGGUUACUGCACGAUGAGGAGGAAGAGGAGAUCUCGGAAACAGAUACUCCGAAGGUGAAGAAGAAGAAGAAGGCCAAGAAGAGCAAAGAGAGCAAAGGCAGCAAGAGGCGGUCGCGCAGAGAGGAGCUCGCCAUCAGCUCCCCGGAGCCCAUGGAGGUGGGCGGCACGGGGGAGACGGAGGAAGGAGCCGUCCCACGUUCCGACAGCGAGGGCAGCGACUACACUCCGGGACGCAAGAAGAAGAAGAGAGGCAGCAGCGGCAAAGAGAAGAAGAGGAGCAGCUCGGUAGCCGAGAGGGGGUCCUCCAAGAAGAAAGAGCCCGAGCCGGAGGAAGAGGACGAGGAUGAUGACGACGAUGGCAUGGAGCCGAAGUCUUCGUCCCAGCUGCUCGACGACUGGGGCAUGGAGGACAUCGACCAUGUCUUCACCGAGGAGGACUACCGCUCUCUGACCAACUACAAGGCCUUCAGCCAGUUCGUCAGGCCUCUCAUCGCCGCAAAGAACCCCAAGAUCGCCGUCUCAAAGAUGAUGAUGGUCCUGGGAGCAAAGUGGCGAGAGUUCAGCACCAACAACCCUCUGAGAGGAGCGGCUGCCGCCAACGCCGCACUGGCCACCGCCAACGUCCCCGCAGCCGUAGACAACAUGGUGGCCGAGGUCGCCCCGCCUGCUGCUGCUGCUGCCGCUCCCGCUCCUGCAGCUGCACCGCCAGCUCCUGAGCCUCAGGAGCCUCCUCCACCGCCGCUACGCAAGGCCAAGACGAAGGAGGGCAAAGGUCCGAACGCCCGCAAGAAGUCCAAACCUGCGGCCAAACCUCAAGAGAAGAAGAACAACGCCAAGACCAAGAAAGUAGCUCCUCUCAAAAUCAAACUGGGAGGCUUCAACAGCAAACGGAAGCGCUCCUCGAGCGAGGAGGACGAGCCCGACGUGGACAGCGACUUCGACGACGGCAGCAUGAACAGCGUCUCCGUCUCCGAGGGGUCGAACAGCCGAAGCAGCCGCAGCAAAAAGAAGGCGUCCAAGAGCAAACCCAAGAAGAAGAAAGGUGCGCCUUCAGAAGCUGAGGAGGGAGACGGCUAUGAGACCGACCACCAGGACUACUGCGAGGUGUGCCAGCAGGGCGGCGAGAUCAUCCUGUGCGACACCUGCCCCCGAGCGUACCACAUGGUCUGCCUGGACCCUGACAUGGAGAAGGCACCAGAGGGGACGUGGAGCUGCCCGCACUGUGAGAAGGAGGGCAUCCAGUGGGAGGCCCGCGAGGAGGGCUCGGAGGGCGAGGCCGAGGUCGAGGAGGACAACGUGGAGGCCGGGGAGAUGGAGGAGGACGACCACCACAUGGAGUUCUGCAGGGUGUGCAAAGACGGAGGAGAGCUGCUCUGCUGCGACUCGUGCCCCUCGUCUUAUCACAUCCACUGUCUGAAUCCACCGCUGCCGGAGAUCCCCAACGGAGAGUGGAUCUGCCCUCGCUGCACGUGUCCUUCCAUGAAAGGGAAAGUCCAGAAGAUCCUGACGUGGCGUUGGGGAGACCCCCCCGCUCCCACACCCGUCCUCCGCCCUCCAGACCUCCCCGCAGAUCAGCCCGAUCCCGCCCCACUGGCCGGACGUCCGGAUAGGGAGUUCUUCGCCAAGUGGUCCAACAUGUCGUACUGGCACUGCUCCUGGGUCACCGAGCUCCAGCUGGAGCUGCACUGUCAGGUGAUGUUCAGGAACUAUCAGAGGAAGAACGACAUGGACGAGCCGCCGCCCAUCGACUUCGGCGAGGGAGAGGAGGACAAGAGCGUGAAGAGGAAGAACAAGGACCCCAUGUACGCUCAGCUGGACGAGAAAUACCUCCGCUUCGGGAUCAAGAUGGAGUGGCUGAUGAUCCACCGCAUCAUCAACCACAGCGUGGACAGGAAGAACAACUGCCACUACCUGAUCAAGUGGAGAGAGCUGGCGUACGAUCAGGCCACCUGGGAGGCCGACGACAUGGACGUCCCGGAGUUUGACGUCUACAAGGUGCAGUACUGGAACCACAGAGAGCUGAUGAUGGGAGACGAGGGCAAACCCGGGAAGAAGAUUAAGGUGAAGGGACGAGUGAAGCGUCCGGAUAGACCUCCAGAGAACCCCGUGGUGGAUCCGACGAUAAAGUUCGAGCGUCAGCCGGAUUACCUGGACAGCACGGGCGGGAACCUGCACCCCUACCAGCUGGAGGGUCUGAACUGGCUGCGCUUCUCCUGGGCUCAGGGCACCGACACCAUCCUGGCCGACGAGAUGGGUUUGGGAAAGACGGUGCAGACGGCGGUCUUCCUCUACUCGCUGUAUAAAGAGGGCCACUCUAAGGGACCCUUCCUGGUCAGCGCCCCGCUCUCCACCAUCAUCAACUGGGAGAGAGAGUUCGAGAUGUGGGCCCCCGACAUGUACGUGGUGACGUACGUGGGAGACAAAGACAGCAGAGCCGUCAUCCGAGAGAACGAGUUCUCCUUCGAGGACAACGCCAUCCGAGGCGGGAAGAAGGCGUCCAGGAUGAAGAAAGACUCGUCCAUCAAGUUCCACGUCCUGCUGACAUCCUACGAGCUGAUCACCAUCGACAUGGCCAUCCUGGGCUCCAUAGACUGGGCCUGUCUGGUGGUGGACGAGGCCCAUAGACUGAAGAACAACCAGUCCAAGUUUUUCCGCGUGCUGAACAACUACCCUCUGCAACACAAACUGCUGCUGACUGGAACUCCUCUGCAGAACAACCUCGAGGAGCUUUUCCAUCUGCUCAACUUCCUCACACCAGAGAGGUUCAGCAAACUGGAGAUUUUCCUGGAGGAGUUCGCCGACAUUGCUAAGGAGGACCAGAUCAAGAAGCUGCAUGACAUGCUGGGUCCGCACAUGCUCAGGAGGCUGAAGGCCGACGUCUUCAAACACAUGCCCUCCAAGACGGAGCUCAUCGUCCGAGUGGAGCUCAGCCCCAUGCAGAAGAAGUACUACAAGUUCAUCCUGACGAAAAACUUUGAGGCUCUGAACACCAAAGGAGGAGGAAACCAGGUUUCUCUGCUCAACGUCGUCAUGGACCUCAAGAAAUGCUGCAACCACCCCUACCUCUUCCCCGCGGCUGCUAUAGAAGCUCCAAAGAUGCCCAACGGGAUGUACGAUGGCAGCGCCCUCACAAAGGCUGCUGGGAAACUGUGUUUACUUCAGAAGAUGAUGAGGAAGCUGAAGGACGGAGGACACAGAGUGCUCGUCUUCUCUCAGAUGACAAAGAUGUUGGACUUGCUGGAGGACUUCCUUGAGAAUGAGGGCUACAAAUACGAGAGGAUCGACGGAGGAAUCACUGGAGGGAUGAGACAGGAAGCCAUCGAUCGCUUCAACGCUCCGGGCGCUCAGCAGUUUGCCUUCCUGCUGUCGACACGAGCCGGAGGUCUGGGUAUCAAUCUGGCCACCGCCGACACCGUCGUCAUCUACGACUCUGACUGGAACCCUCACAACGACAUCCAGGCCUUCAGCAGAGCUCAUCGUAUCGGUCAGAACAGGAAGGUGAUGAUCUACCGCUUCGUCACCAAGGCCUCAGUGGAGGAGAGGAUCACUCAGGUCGCAAAGAAAAAGAUGAUGCUGACUCACUUGGUGGUCCGACCCGGCCUCGGAUCCAAGACGGGCUCAAUGUCCAAACAAGAGCUGGACGACAUCCUCAAGUUUGGUACAGAGGCGCUCUUCAAGGACGAGGAACGACAGAGAUGGAAACUCGCAGGCAUGAAAGGUGAGAACAAGGAGGAGGACAGCAGCAUCAUUCACUACGACGACAAGGCCAUCGACCGUCUGCUGGACAGGAACCAGGACGCCACGGACGACACGGAGCUGCAGAGCAUGAACGAGUACCUGAGCUCCUUCAAGGUGGCUCAGUACGUGGUGAAAGACGAGGAGGAGGAGGAGGAGGAGGUGCAGCGUGAGAUCAUCAAGCAGGAGGAGAGCGUGGAUCCGGACUACUGGGAGAAGCUGCUGCGUCAUCACUACGAGCAGCAGCAGGAGGACCUGGCUCGAAACCUCGGCAAAGGCAAGCGUAUCCGCAAACAGGUCAACUACAACGACGGCUCCCAGGAGGACAGAGGGGAGAGAAGAGCUGACUGGCAGGACGACCAGUCUGACGGCCAAUCAGAUUACUCCGUGGCAUCCGAGGAAGGAGAUGAAGACUUUGAUGAGCGAUCAGAAGCAAACUCUCGCAGGCCGAACAGGAGGGGCCUCAGGAACGACAAAGACAAACCACUGCCCCCCCUGCUGGCCAGGGUGGGAGGCAACAUCGAGGUGUUGGGUUUCAACUCCCGGCAGAGGAAGGCCUUCCUGAACGCCGUGAUGCGUUACGGGAUGCCUCCGCAAGACGCCUUCACCACUCAGUGGCUCGUCCGAGACCUGCGAGGGAAAUCUGAGAAAGAGUUCAAGGCGUACGUCUCUCUGUUCAUGCGUCACCUCUGUGAGCCCGGAGCCGACGGAGCGGAGACUUUCGCUGACGGCGUCCCCAGAGAAGGAUUGUCCCGACAGCACGUCCUCACGCGUAUCGGCGUCAUGUCGCUCAUCCGUAAGAAGGUUCAGGAGUUCGAGCACGUGAACGGUCAGUGGUCGUUGUCGUGGAUGGCCGUGGUGGAGGAGAACAAGAAGGCCGCAGCUCAGCCCGAAUCCCCUGGAAAGACCCCGUCCACUGGAACCCCCGCAGACACACAACCCAACACUCCUGCUCCAGUGGACGAGUCCUUGAAGAACGAUGAGGCGGCAAAGGACGGAGAGAAGGAGGUGAAGAAGGAGGGCGAGACGGUGGAGAAGAACGGCAAGGAGCCAGCGAAGGCCAGCAGUGAGGUGAUCGCCAUCCCGGACGACGACGAGAAGAGUCCGCCCGCCGAGGCCGAGAGCAAGAAGAACGGAGAGGAGCCGAUGGAGACGGACAAACCCAGCAACGGAGAGGCUGAGAGCGCUAAGGAGAAGGAGGGUGAGAAGGAGGAGAAGAAGGAGGGAGAGAAAGAGAAAGAGGAGGAGGAGAAGAAGAGUCCAGAGGAAGGAGAGGAAACCAAGUCGCCCGUAGAGGAGAAGACGGAGGGGUCAGAGGUCAAAGCGGAGGAGGCCGAGGUCAAAGCUGAAGAAAAGAAAGAAGAGAAGACAGAAAAGAUGGACACCACUCCUCCAGCAGAGGAAAAGAAAGCAGAUCUGAAGGAGGAGAAGGAGGCGCCGAAACCGGAGGAGGCGACCAAACUGCAGAACGGAGACAGCAGCAAAGAGGGCGGAGCCUCUGCUGCCACCGCUACCGCAACUGCUGCUACUGCUGCCGCCACGCCCACCGCCAACGCUGUAGCCACCAUCAGCGAGGAGAAGAAGAAGGCCAAGACACGAUUCAUGUUCAACAUCGCAGACGGAGGAUUCACAGAGCUUCACUCCCUGUGGCAGAACGAGGAGCGCGCCGCCAACGUCACCAAGAAGACCAACGAGAUCUGGCACCGCCGCCACGACUACUGGCUGCUGGCAGGCAUCAUACAACACGGAUACGCUCGCUGGCAGGACAUCCAGAACGACGCCAAGUUCGCCAUCCUCAACGAGCCCUUUAAAGGAGAGAUGAACCGAGGGAACUUCCUGGAAAUCAAGAACAAGUUCCUCGCCCGGAGGUUCAAGCUGUUGGAGCAGGCUCUGGUGAUCGAGGAGCAGCUGCGCCGCGCCGCCUACCUCAACAUGUCCGAGGACCCCUCCCACCCCUCCAUGGCCCUGAACACGCGCUUCAGCGAGGUCGAGUGUCUGGCCGAGUCCCACCAGCACCUCAGCAAGGAGUCCAUGUCGGGGAACAAACCGGCCAACGCCGUCCUGCACAAAGUGCUGAAGCAGUUGGAGGAGCUGCUGAGCGACAUGAAGGCUGACGUGACUCGCCUCCCGGCCACCAUCGCCCGGAUACCGCCAGUUGCCGUGCGGCUCCAAAUGUCUGAGAGGAACAUCCUGAGCCGGCUGGCGAGCCGAGGCCCCGAGACACAGACGCAGGCACAGACACAACAGAUGUCGCAGCAGUAGACACAAACUCUGCUCCUUACCUCGAACCCCCGCCCCCCUCCCCCCCUCGCCUCACCUCGACAUUCCUGAUUGGAUCACAGCAGAAUGACGGACAGCGUGCUCCAGUUCGAAGUCACGCCCAGUUCACUUUGUUCCCCCCCUACAACAGACUUUACAGAGUUUUUCUGGAGGAUCGAAUCCCUUCCCCACGUUUGAGGCGGUGGACAGAAAAGCUAUUUUAUUUUUUUCCUCCUUUUUUCAAGUUCUGUAUUAAUAUUAUUGAUAUAAUGUUAUUAUGAUGGUUUUUUGGGACCUAAAUAAAAAAUGUAAUAAAGAA